AUGUCAGACACUAUAUCGAGUAUUGGGGUCAUGACACCUCGCACCCUGUCCGAAGCCGAUCCCGUUGAGCACUGGCUUGAUUCUACAAGUGACGGAAUAGACACUCCGAUAUAUACGCCUACUUCAUUAGAGACUGGUGUCACUUUAAAUGGUUCUCUUGGCCUCACUCGCAAAUCCGUUCCCCACCACGAUGGAAAAUACCUCAUCCACGACGUUUCCCGCAGUCGUGUCCUUACGUGCCACGAUGGCCAUCUGCGCCUGGAAUCAAUAGAUCUGGCAAAACCCCAAAAGCACAUUUCAGAACAGGCACAGUGGGAAUGCAACGAGAGAAGAGGCUUUAGAGGGUUUAAGAAUGUCGCCGAGGGAACCUUUCUGGGGCAUGACUUUUGGUGGGAUUUCUAUGCCAAGGUCUACCAUCACAAGGGCUGGGAGGACUUUACUCUGCGUCAUAUGGAGGGCGGUGUGUACCAGAUCCAGACCUUGGAUUUGUGGAAGCAGAGGCAGGUUUCUGCAAAGGAGGAUGGAAGUGGCCUAUUUCGAGACGACGACGGGGGCACUUUGUGGGAGUUUAUCAAGGUUACGGGUUGA